AUGGUCGGUAUUGUGGCGAAGCUGGUUCGAUGGAGUGAGAAUGACAAAUAUUUUGGAACCCUGAGCCUGCUGCUGUACUUUGGCAGUGUACUCAUGUAUGUGGCCGUGUCGAUUCCCAAUAUGCGUGUACUUGCGAGGCCUGAUGAGCCAUCCAUCGUGCACCGUGCUGUCUUUGAUGCAGAGUCGUACCGGAAGGUGGAAAACUACAGCUUUCAGCCACUUUCGUUCCAAGAAACUGCUUCCGUGGUGCAGGUGAUCGGUGCAACCAACGUCAUCAUUACCGCUAUGUUGGCAGGUGUACUUCUUAUGCAACUGGGAGAAUGGUAUUCCAUUCGUCUUGAUCGUAUUGCGGAGAACAAGCAACGUCAAGAGUCUAUUGCGAAACUUGGCGCUCACCGCCAUGACGACAAGAAAGUGAAUUAG